AUGGCUGAAGCCGAGCCGACGGAUCUGGACUGGGUGCAACUACGCCGUGACAUAGGGGUAAUAGAUAGAGCCGAAACAACUCAAGAAAAGUUUGCUAGGAAGUUUAAAGAAAACCCCUUUGUUCCAAUAGGUUGUGCAGCAACAGCUGGUGCUUUAUCAUAUGGUCUGUGGUGUUUUAGAACAGGUAGAACUAAAAUGUCGCAAACAAUGAUGCGUGCUAGAAUUGUUGCUCAAGGAUUUACUAUCACAGCAUUGGUUGUUGGAGUUGUAAUGACUGCUGGAAAAACAUUGAAAUAA